AUGGCAGCGGCAGCUAAACGCAAGGCGAUGGCUAAAGCUGUGAUGGCUGCUAGUGGUGGUGCGAGCAAGCAAGUUGUUGCUACGGUUCCGGAUGAUCUGAAGCGCCUUCGAUCGCCCAACCUGCUGAGCACACCAUCCACCUCAACACCGGCCAAUCGAGCUCCGAGUGUCACGACCCUGGCGACGAUGUCCUCAAAUGGGAGCAUCGAGGAAGCACUGGAGGAAAGUGUGAGGAGAUUGAAUCUGGACGUAGAGGAAGCACCCGCAGCGCCCAUGGAGAGCAGCGGCCCGGAUCCGGAGCAGCUGGAGACGCAGAUUGAAGCGGACGCCGCAGCAGCAGAGGAGACCUAUAUCCCAGCAACCCAGGACGAUAUCCCAGCAACCCAGGAAGACCCGAUCCUAGAAGAGAUCCCCGUACCGCCCCCGGCUGCUGACAAAGAGCCCACACCGGCGGAAGAGCUGGCGAAGAGACUGCAAGACCUUGCAGCACGCAUCAGCAGUGGGAAAGCUAGCGCGGAGGGGAUUCAGAAAGCACUUCUUCGACCGAGCUCGAUAGAUUUUGAGGAGCUGUUCCAAAGCAUGCAGACUGCAUCCAGCAUGCCCCCACCUCCUGUGCCUGCCAAGGCAUUUGCUAAGCCUGCUUUGCCUGACCUGAGCCUCGAAGCCCGAGCUACCAGGACAGCUGACUCCUACUUUGCUUCGCCCUUCCCGACUCCCCGAGAAGACCCAGAAGAGUCCAAGCCGCAGGGCGUGCAGCAGGCAGAGAAGGUUACAGCGGAGACCCCGGCCGAAAUUGCAACCCAGUCUGUGCAGCAACAGCAGAUUCAAGGCACCGGAGUUCCAUCCCAGCAGUCUGUGCAGGAGCAGCAGCAGCCAACGAAGACCCCGGCCGAAGUUGCAACCCAGUCUGCAGUGCAGCAACAGCAGAUUCAAGCCACCACCGGAGUUCCAUCCCAGCAGUCUGUGCUGACGCCAAUGGAGACCCAAGAAGCACAAGGCCCAGCCGAUUUGCAGCAACAACAGAUUCAGCCUGGCACCGGAGUUCCGCCGCAGCAGUCUGUGCAGCAGCAGCAGCAGAUUCAGGCCACCUCCGGAGUUCCAGCCCAGUCUGUGCCGACGCCAACGGAGACCCAGCAACUGCAGCAACAGCAGAUUCAGCCUGGCACCGAAGUUCCCCAGCUUUCUGUACAGCAGCAGCAGGCCGUGCCAAUGGAGACCCAAGUGCAAGUUGCAGCCCCUGAGCAGCAACAGCAGAUUCAAGCCACCACCGGAGUUCCAGCCCAGUCCGUGCCGACGCCAAUGGAGACCCAGCAAGCCCAGCAAGUGCAGCAACAGCAGAUUCAGCCUGGCACCGGAGUUCCAGCCCAGUCUGUGCCGACGCCAAUGGAGACCCAGCAAGUGCAGCAACAGCAGAUUCAGCCUGGCACCGGAGUUCCGCCGCAGCAGUCUGUGCAGCAGCAGAUUCAAGCCACCGCCGGAGUUCCAGCGCAGCAGCCGUUAGAGCAGCAGAGCCAAGCCAAAGCCAGCCCGAACCUAGCACUAGUACCCGCUGCAGCCGACCAGGGCAACAAGCCGACAGAGAAAGAAAUCCAGGACACUUCGGGGUGUAGGGGUUUGAAUAUUUAA